UGCAAGUGGAACGUCACAGGCUCCUGAAAUAUAGUUCUCACUUCAUCAGGACACACGUUUGUUAUGGAAUCGGUUCAUGGCAAUAAAUUAAUAUUAUUAUUACCUAUCAAUCACUCUCUUACACAUUUUAUAUUUGGAAGAUGAAAUAUAUUUAGAACGGCGAGGAGGUCGAGGGGAACCGAGAACGUGCGUCAUUUCGCUCGUAAAUUCUCCAGUUUGACUACGAAUCUAAACUGGUCCGCUCUUUGCAGCCGUUUUGAUAUAACUAGUGAUUUCUUAUUAGUUUGCGUUAUUAGAGAUUUUAACGUUAGUACAAUUGUGAAUAGUGUUGUUUGUGAGGUUAAACCUGCACGAUGUCUCGGCGGUCUGCCUACGGAGCCCGCCUCGACUACUCUCCGCCGCCCCCGACCAACUGCGCUAAGUUCCUGUAUUACACCUGGCGGCUAUGCUCAGUAGUAUUCUCACACUUUGUGAUGAUCAGUCUCGUCGUCGCCUACUGCAUUCUCGGCGCCGUCACCUUUGAACGUCUGGAGUCGCAGCACGAGAGAGAGGUCAAGAAGAACAUAUCGCAGAUCCGCGCCAAUACGACGUACAGCAUCUGGCAGAUGACGAACCGCGUCUCCUACCUCAGUCAGUCAAACUGGACUUCAGACGUUUUAGACAUGCUCAAGGAGUUCGAGAACGCAAUUCUAUUGGAAAUGAAGGUGCGCGGAUGGGACGGCAGCGAAAGUCCCGACCGGCUGCAGUGGACCUUCACCGGCGCUCUCUUCUACUCUAUCGUCGUCAUCACCACUAUCGGGUAUGGGCACAUCGCACCAAAGACACAGAGCGGCAAGGUGGUGACAAUCUUCUAUGCGAUCCUUGGCAUUCCGCUGAUGCUGCUCUGCCUCUCGAACAUCGGAGACGUCAUGGCAUCGUUUUUUCGUUUUUUAUAUUGGCGCGUGUGUUGUUACGUGUGUACUCGGCCACCUAAGGAGCGACCGCGACACCGAAGACGGACCGCACGGGGCUCCAUGCGCCGCCGCCCCGUGGAGCGUUCGAACUCCGACAGUGGCCCCCGUGCGCAUGCGCCGCUUCGCCUUAAUCGUCCGCAGCCUCCUCGUCUCCACGACGACGACGGUGAAUUCCCUAAGAUAUCUUUACCACUGCAAGAUUUGCAAGCGGCUUUAAACGAUUUAGAUAAGUAUCAAAAAAGAGCUUGCGAAGGAGAAGUGAGCUAUAGGUCGGGGCGGGGCGACGGUAGCCGUUCCCACUGGAGGGAGUUUGGCCGCGAUCUGGACUCACCUGAUCUUCCAGACCUGCCCGACUUGCCCGGGCCACCACACGUUGCGAGAUGCGAUCGCGGCAGAUCGGAGUAUUUCUCACGUGAUCGAGACGAAUAUCCAAACGACCGACUGAGGGAGAGAAGAGCUCGCAGUGCUUUCUAUGAAUACGAAAGACGUGCAGGCAGUCCGUCGCGGCGUGGGGCCACCUCAGUACAGAGAGCGGAGAGCCCGGGACACCGACGGCUAAGGCGGUUACAGACGCUAGACGACUCUAGAGCGCCUAGAUAUUAUUCACCUUCCCCGGACAGAGACGAGUGGAGCGACGAAGGUCCAACCCUGCGACUACCUCGAUCAGGCUGGGGCUCUCGCCAAUCGGACUUGGUUUCCGCACGAGAAGAGACAAAACCGGUGCCGAUCUGGCUGUGCGUGCUGCUGGUAUCGUCGUACAUAGUUGCGGGCACGUUCCUCUUCAAGCGUUGGGAGGGGUGGGCCUAUUUGGACGCUGCUUACUUCUGCUUUAUUACCCUCACCACGAUAGGGUUCGGUGACUUUGUCCCGGCACAGGGCGCGGCGGCUUCAGCGUCGGCAGCGUCGGACGCCGUUCACUCCAUAGCCUUGUGUUCCUUGUACCUGCUGUUCGGCAUUGCGCUAUUGGCGAUGUCCUUCAACUUGGUGCAGGAACAGGUGCGCGCCAACGUGGCCGCUCUCGCCACGCGGCUUGGCAUUAUUAAGCCGCGCGACACCGACUACUGAACAACACCUACAUGUUGGAUUCUUCAUUAAAUUGAAUCCUAACUAAUAAGAUAUGGUAUUAUAACACAACACACAAUCGUCAAUCAGGUUGCGCUAUGUAAAAAACUGCCGAGAAACGAUAUGAUGUCCCAAAUUUAUAAAUUAUCACUUCAUUUCGUCGUGUAUAAGUGGUAGUAAGGGGGAAUCAUUUUCUGCACUUUGACGCACAUUAGCUCCGUUGUGAACGCACAACGGACCUAAUGUUUAACGAACAGUGUUUAGUGGUUAAUGUUCUCAUGUAUAUGUUUUUUAAUAUAAUAUCAAUGAAAGUGACGACACUUGAUAUACAAUUGUAAAUAAUUAAAUAAUUUAUUUAUUAAUUAUUUAGUGUAGAUUGACGUACUUAUGAUUGCAUUUCAACCUUCUGAAGCAUUUAUGUUAUCAUGAUGAUAACGAUAUGUUAAUUCAUACGGAUACGCAAUUAAUAGAGGCCAAUAAAGAUAAAUAGCCAGUUAUAUCGUCGACGCGAAUAUGCUUUGUUUUAAAAUGAUUACAUAUACAUACAAGGUAUAUUAUUAUAGGCGAAAAAAGGAAGUAAAUAACUAUUAUGGAAUGUUGCUUCAUAAUUCACAAUAAUAUCUACCUUUUAUCAUUAAUUAAAACGGUCCGUACAAAUUGCCAGUGUAAAAUAUUUUAUGGGUGUGUGUGUGUGUUAUUAAAAUAUUCGUUUAA